CACUUGGUUCAGAAAAUGUUGUAAAAUGUCAACAAUUUGUUGAGAAACAUUGUCUUGCUUAUUGUUUAAUGGCAUUAAGUUCACGUUGUGGUUUACUACGAGCUGUUGUUUACAAUUGUCUUGCUCGUUUUGAACAACAUUUAGUAACACAAAAAUUCUAUUGUAAAGAACAAAUCUUAACAAUGUUAACAUUAUUAAAACAAAGUAUUAAAAAAUCGAACUUAAAACUAGCACCCAUUGUUGCUUUGUUUCUAUCAAAAUUAGUUGAUCUAUUUACUCAUCCCGAAUCGAAAAUGUAUCGAACAAUAACAAGAUUUCUUCUUAAACAACCAUAUAUUGAUCUUGUUCAUAUUCCACUUUUUGGUGAACUUUUUCAUAGUUCAUCAACUGAAUAUAAAUAUGAACGUGGAUGGAUAUUAAAUUUAUUAAAACAUGGUAUAAAAGAUUCAAUUGAUUAUACAUUAUGUACGAAAGCAUAUGUAUUUAAAACAUUAAUGACAUUUUAUAAUUGUUCAUUAUGUGAUGAUUCAACUAAAAUUGAAAUUCUUAAUGUCUUUCAUUCAACAAGUAAACUUCAGGAUGUAUUAAUGUCACUUUUAUUUGAUUAUGGAUUUCUUCUUUGGCUACAAAUAUUGAUAAAAAACUGUUCGAGUGAAAGUUUAAAGAUAUUAUCAUUGAUUAUUAAAAAUCUUGGUUUACGUUUACAAUCAAUUGAUAAUCAAGUACAAUUAUUAGAAUUUGAUUGUCUUCUUAUGUUAUUUAUUCGUCGAUUAAAAAAUGAAACGACGAUUGCAUCAUCAAUUGCUGAUAACGUGAUGUCUACUAUAGUAAAAUAUCAGGAACGUCUUAAAUUAUCUGUUGGUAUUCAACAGAUAAAACAUAUUGCUGAUUAUUCAACAAUAGUGAAGAAAACAUCUUUGUUAUCUUGUUUUUGUUAA